ACGCCAACAUCGUGACGCAGAACGCAGUUUCAAACGUACGUUUAAGGGUUUGGCGUAGUCUCGCGGCUUUUUUCGUUUAGUGUCAAAUUAUAUGCACGUUUUAUCAAGGUGUUGUAGUGUUUUAAGUCUGUUGGUGGAUAUGGCAGAUGGCAGAGCCUUGGACGUUUUUCAAGAGCGUGUGAAAUCUUUGUUCGGAUCGUUGCUUGAUGUCCUGCUGGUUGAAAUUACAGAAGCGUAUAGAGAGAGUUUCGCAGACAGCAUGUGCAUAAACCACUGUAAACAAUGUGCCAGUAAUCGGCUUGAGAAGAAUGACAAUAAGUCUCAGCAGGACAAUGAAGUCAGAGUGGAAUCCGAGGAGUCCCAGCCAUUAAUGAGCUUUCAAUGCAGUGACACAGUCACUCCAUUGCAGUUGACGCACAAGGAAUCUGAACAGCCAGAAGCAGCACCAAGCCAGUCAAACACCCUGAAAAAUGUCAAUCCAUAUCCAGUGCAGGUGUCAUCUCCUAAAUUAACAACACUGUUAAAACAGAAUGACAUACAGUUAGCCAUUGUAGAAGAUAAGAUGAUACAAACUAUGGUAUCCAUACAUGACUAUGAAAUGCAGACAUUUCCAGAGAUUCCCAACAUACCCGUCGGAAAGCCUGAAGAAGGGCCGCCAACUGUUGAUCAUCAGCCAGAAACAUUGGGUAUGACUGAACCAGAGCCCGAACAUGUCAUUAAACGAGAAAAUGAAGAUGUCGCUGUGACCACUGAAGAAGCAAAACUAGAAAUUGGAUGUCGAGAGAAGACGUGCCAGACCUCAGGUGAAAAUACUCAAGCUCAGCUGAAGCCUGAAGAUGGUGAGCUACAUGAACCACUAGAGUCAGUAGAUUCAUGUCUUCACUGGAAUCAGUCUUCCUUUGGGGUUUAUUUUGGCACUGAACAAAUACCUCAGAGCCAUCUUGUAAACAUGGAGUCACAGGAAAGGCUUGAACCUUCGCAGAAGCUGGACAACUGUCGACUGUCCAAUUGCUCUUUGAUGCCUCAACUCAGGGGAUGUUUAAGACCUUGCUUUGUACAACUCGAGAGGGCUAAAAUACUGCAAAGACCCAUCAGCCAGUCUACACGACUGCAUUUUUGCAGCAUCUGUAACAAAAUCUUUAUCUACAAGAGAACCCUACGGAGGCACAAACGCAUCCACACUGGCGAGAGACCCCACGGCUGCUCACUCUGCUCUAAGACCUUCAUCCUACGCAAAACCCUCCGUCAGCACAAGAAACUACAUUUCAAGAGACCGUACAGCUGCACUCAGUGUGGCAAGAGGUUCAAACACUGGAGAAAGCUACGCAUCCAUUGGCGUUCUCAUGCCGGAGAGGGUCCGUUCGUGUGUAGCCUCUGUGGGAAAUGCUGCAAGACUCUAAAGAGCCUUGACCGGCACCUGGCUUAUGUUGACCACAACUGACUAAUCGAGAGAAGAAUCAAUUGUUUUAAUAAAAACAUGUAAGAAUUUUGCCAUAAUACUCAGUGUAUUAUACUACACUGUACAGUUUUGUAUUGUCACUUGUGUGAAUAUUGUAGUCAAUCAUAAGUGAAAUAAAUGGGUUAGAUGUGUUCUUUAUC